CAGAGUAAGGGAAAAGAAUUUAUUGAAAUCUAACUUGGUCUAGCUACUAAACAUUCACUGAAUAGUGAUAUUAUGCAGCUUCCAUGCACUUACUAUAUUUUAUAACCAGUAAACUCUGCCAAAAGCAUUAGGUUAGUCUCUGUAGUUCAAGGCAAGAGACAUCAGUGCCUUCCAGCACUAUUGCACCCAAAAUUCCAUUGUGUUUUGUACUUUUUCUUAACAAACCGCUAUCAUGUAGAUGUAAUAUAGUGUGGCCAUUUAAUGACUGAUCUUUUCCAAAGGAAAGCAAAUGGAAUCAUUUGCUUAGAGGAUAGCUGUUCUAAGCUGAGGGGUUUCUUUGUUUCCCCACAGUGAUGGCUGGGCCGACAGGUAUGAUGUGACAGAUGGAUAUCAGCGAGAAGCUGUUGGUGGAAUUACAAUCAAGCUCCAAUCUCCUGAUGUCAAGUGGUUUGAUGAUUAUUAUCUGAAGCUCCGGCCAGAAACAAACCUCCGAAACCCUUGGUUUCAAGAAUUUUGGCAGCAUCGUUUUCAGUGCCGGCUGGAAGGGUUUGCACAGGAGAACAGCAAAUACAACAGGACGUGCAACAGUUCUCUGACUCUGAGAACACAUCACGUUCAAGAUUCCAAAAUGGGAUUCGUGAUCAAUGCUAUCUAUUCCAUGGCCUAUGGGCUCCACAACAUGCAGAUGUCCCUCUGCCCAGGCUAUGCGGGCCUCUGUGAUGCAAUGAAGCCAAUUGAUGGACGGAAACUUUUGGACUCCCUGAUGAAAACCAAUUUUACUGGGGUUUCUGGAGAUAUGAUCCUAUUUGAUGAGAAUGGAGACUCUCCAGGAAGGUAUGAAAUAAUGAAUUUUAAGGAAAUGGGAAAAGACUAUUUUGAUUACAUCAAUGUUGGAAGCUGGGACAAUGGAGAACUAAAAAUGAAUGAUGAUGAAGUGUGGUCCAAGAAAAACAUCAUCAUCAGAUCUGUGUGCAGUGAGCCGUGUGAGAAGGGCCAGAUAAAGGUGAUCCGGAAGGGAGAGGUCAGCUGUUGUUGGACCUGCACACCUUGUAAGGAGAAUGAGUAUGUCUUUGAUGAGUACACCUGCAAGGCGUGUCAGCUGGGGUCAUGGCCCACUGAUGAUCUUACAGGUUGUGAUUUGAUCCCAGUGCAGUAUCUUCGCUGGGGGGACCCUGAGCCCAUUGCAGCUGUGGUGUUUGCCUGCCUUGGCCUGCUGGCCACCCUGUUUGUUACUGCAGUCUUCAUCAUUUACCGUGAUACACCGGUCGUCAAGUCCUCCAGCAGAGAACUCUGCUACAUUAUUCUUGCUGGCAUCUGCCUGGGCUACUUAUGUACCUUCUGCCUCAUUGCAAAGCCCAAACAGAUUUAUUGCUACCUUCAGAGAAUUGGCAUUGGUCUCUCACCAGCCAUGAGCUACUCAGCCCUUGUAACCAAGACCAAUCGUAUUGCAAGGAUCCUGGCUGGCAGCAAGAAGAAGAUCUGUACCAAAAAGCCCAGAUUCAUGAGUGCCUGUGCCCAGCUAGUGAUUGCUUUCAUUCUCAUAUGCAUCCAGUUGGGCAUCAUUGUUGCCCUCUUCAUAAUGGAGCCUCCAGAUAUAAUGCACGACUACCCAAGCAUUCGAGAAGUCUACCUGAUUUGCAAUACCACCAAUCUAGGGGUUGUCACUCCUCUUGGAUAUAAUGGACUGCUAAUUUUGAGCUGUACCUUCUAUGCUUUCAAGACCAGAAAUGUUCCAGCUAACUUCAACGAGGCCAAGUAUAUUGCCUUCACGAUGUACACCACCUGCAUUAUAUGGCUGGCCUUUGUGCCAAUCUACUUUGGCAGCAACUACAAAAUCAUCACCAUGUGUUUCUCAGUCAGCCUCAGUGCUACAGUGGCGCUAGGCUGUAUGUUUGUCCCAAAAGUGUACAUCAUCCUGGCCAAACCGGAAAGAAAUGUGCGCAGCGCCUUCACCACAUCUACCGUGGUACGCAUGCACGUGGGGGAUGGCAAGUCAUCCUCGGCAGCCAGCAGAUCCAGCAGCCUCGUCAACCUGUGGAAGAGGAGGGGCUCCUCUGGGGAAACCCUAAGGUACAAAGACAGGAGACUGGCCCAGCACAAGUCGGAAAUAGAGUGUUUCACCCCCAAAGGGAGUAUGGGAAAUGGUGGGAGAGCAACAAUGAGCAGCUCCAACGGAAAAUCGGUUACGUGGGCCCAGAACGAGAAGAGCAGCCGCGGCCAGCACCUUUGGCAGCGGCUGUCGGUGCACAUCAACAGGAAGGAGAACCCCAACCAGACGGCCGUCAUCAAGCCCUUCCCCAAGAGCACGGAGAGCCGCGGCCCGGGCGCGGGCGGCGCGGGCGCGGGCGCGGGGGGCAGCGGCGGCGCGGGCGCGGGCGCAGGGCCCGGAGGGCCCGAGCCGCCGGACGCCGGCCCCAAGGCGCUGUACGACGUGGCUGAGGCCGAGGAGCGCUUCCCCGCGCCCGUGCGCCCGCGCUCGCCGUCGCCCAUCCGCACGCUGAGCCGCCGCGCGGGCUCGGCCAGCCGCACGGACGACGACGCGCCGUCGCUGCGCUCGGAACCCGCGGCGCGCAGCAGCUCGUCGCAGGGCUCGCUCAUGGAGCAGAUCAGCAGCGUGGUGACGCGCUUCACCGCCAACAUCAGCGAGCUCAACUCCAUGAUGCUGUCCACCGCGGGCCCCGGCGCCGGUGGCGGCGCCCCGCUCUGCUCGUCCUACCUGAUCCCCACGGAGAUCCAGCUGCCCACGACCAUGACCACGUUCGCCGAGAUCCAGCCGCUGCCCGCCAUUGAGGUCACGGGCGGCGCGCAGCCCGCGGCGGCCCAGCCGGCUGGGGCCGCGGCCCGGGAGAGCGCGGCCGCCGGGCCCGAGGCUGCGGCCUGCAAGCCCGACUUGGAGGAGCUGGUGGCGCUCACCCCGCCGUCCCCCUUCAGAGACUCGGUGGACUCGGGCAGUACAGCCCCCAACUCGCCGGUGUCCGAGUCGGCCCUGUGUAUCCCGUCGUCUCCCAAGUACGACACGCUGAUCAUAAGAGAUUACUCUCAGAGCUCCUCGUCGUUGUGAAGGUCCUUGGAAACCACGCUGGGACCCGCCCGCGCAGCGCGGGCCUCCCGUUUCGCACGGACACAGUGACGAGCAGAGUCGCCUGGUUAAGACCCGAGGGAGAAGAUGCCCAGAACACCUGUAAUGGAAACAGGAGAUUAAUAGUGCUAUUUAACAUCAACCGACGAAGACACCGACUACACAUCUUUCGGCAGAUUUUCUUCUAGUGGCCUUAGAAAACAUGGGCUUUUAAGAAACACCGCUUAUAGUUUUGAGGGCUGACAAGGAGUCUGUUGAAACACUUUGAUACCAAGUGCUUUGCUCCUGGGAAGCAAUGAGUGUGAAACAACCUAACGGAGGGCAAAAAGCAUGGUUAAUAAGCAACUGUAAAAAGUUUUGUUCAUUUACUUUAAUUCUUUUCCCAGAAGAUUCUUUGCUUCACCAAACAUGAAUGUACAUUUUCUAACAAACUCAAAAUCUGGGACCAAAACGUCAACUUUUCUCUUCUUUUGUUCUUUCCUUUAAAGACCUUGAAAAUCAGGAACUUGGGCUCAGCAUUUACUGAGGCGUUAUUUGUGGGUGUGUCCCAUUGCAGAACACAAAAUGGACGAGCGCGCCGCUGAUGUACGUAAGGCUUUUACCAGGACUUUCCUCUCCAAUUUAGUUGUGAAAACCUCUUUCAAAAGCCUGCAUCUGGGAUUCCACCUAGUUAUUUCAGUUCACCUCCAUUAUCCAAGAAAACCAGUGGAAGAUUUCUUGACUAUCUCACCGUGUUGCCAAUCAAUACUGGAGUAGCAAAAAAAUAUUUUCUGGAGUACUGUUUUGUAAUUCCCUCACUGGGGUGCGUUGUGUAGCUGGAAAUUCUCUUUAUAAUAAUAAUUCUUGAGCUCCAGCCUGGCUAUCUCUUUCAUGAAAUGUGGACACUCCUUAUGAAUGCUGUUGCAUUAGUAUUGCCAGCUAAAAUAUUAAAAUAUGCAUUUGGGCUUCUUCAUCCUUUCUUUUGAGAACCUGAUGCACAAAGAGCUCCUCUGUCCUCUUCUAUUCCCACCACUGGAAGAACAGUCCAUAGACCCAAUGAAGAAGACACUGUCAUGACUGGAGGGACUGUUGUUCAAAAAAUUAACACAAUCUUAAUACACUGGAAAUUUUAAACUGUGUCAAGUCAACUUAGCAGAGAUUUAGCUAUGCCAGUGAGCAGUGAUUUUAACUUUUCUGGGCUGCUUAACCAGGGCAGCUAUGAACUAUGACAAAUGUAGAUUUUUCAAAGCAAUACAGAAUACUAAAACAGAGGAACCUUAAUGAAUAUAAACCACAAAAUCUUUCUUAGCCAUUCCAAAAAGAGGCAAAGCAAUUAUUAAUAUUUUCCUUUUUAAAAUAUUCAUAUGAUUUUGUGCACUUUACAUACUGUCACUUUUUAAAUACUGUAAAAAACAUUUAAAAUUAGAAACACAUGUGCUUUGAUAGGCUCAUAUAGGUAGAAUUCAUAGCUCAAUACUUGCAACCACUGUCAUCUCUUUCUUCCUCCCAUUACAGCUAUCCUCAGGUGCCAAAUGUUUUUGAUUUUUAAAUAAGGAUAGUAAUAAAAGGAGGAGGUGUCCUAUAAAUUUAAAGUUCAUUUGGCCCAGCCUUAUACUAAAGAUAGCCUUAUGAAAAAGAUUUGCUGCGAGGCAGAAGUUUAUUUUUAGCAGAGAGAAAAAGAUAAAUACAACCUUUUUCCUUUAGCUCAGUAUUCUUAUUUUGGUAUAUAGUUUUUUAUUUCACAUCUACUUUAAAAGGAAUUGAGAAAUGAAAAUAUAUCCAUUGACAUACCCGUUCUCCACUUUUAAAAGUUAAAUAUACUGCUUCACUUCCCUUUCCUGACAUCUGUUCUUGCAUUAAAUUUUAAAUCAAAUCUUUCAAUAUAAAACAUUAAAGGCUUACAUUAAUGUACUAAAAUAUUAAUUUAUAAAAAUCAAACCUCCCAUGCCAGAUUUGAAAGUAACAUCUUCAGGGCACCCUGAUCCCAAAUGUUAAUAAUGAGACUCUUGAAACAGUAAAUCUAGCUAAGGUUUAUGGUGUCAUUGAAGUCAUUGAAAGCAACUGUCUGUCUCUACUUGAAAAACAAAUGUAAAUGUUUUGAAGUAUUAAUAUCCCUGGAUCCUCAUCACAAGGGUGGCAUUGACCUGGGGAUUAUUGUUUUGAUUUCUUAGGCACUGAAACCUUUCUAAAUAUGCUCUACUCUCUUAAGUUUUAUAAUUUGUUUCAUAAAAUCCUUGUUGAUUUCCAUUUUAUUCUCAAGUACAAUCAGUUUCACUGUGUUGACCAAUAGAACAUUUUUUAAACUUUCUCCAUAAUCAAAUUCUUUUUCUAAUUUUUUUAGUAGCAUACUUCUUUAAAAGGUAUAUACUACCUUUUGAGAAAAUUCAUUAGAAAUUAAAAUUUAAUGCAAAUAAAUUACCAUCUGAAAAUUCUGUAUGAAAUUAUCAAUUGUAAUAAGAAAAAUGAUUUAUCCAACUAGAGGAAAACAAGAUGUAUUUUUCUCUGUAUUUCUAUAUCCUUUGCCACUUGAUUCAGUACAUUGUAUAAUACAUAAUAUUAUUAGUAAUGCAUUCUUGGGAUCUUUUAUUUUGGAAUGAUGCUAACUCUGUCUCUUUGCCAAUUCUAAUACCAGGUUCCAAGUAAUAAUUCUACAAUACCAAGAGAACUGAAUAUUCAUUCUAGGGCUAGGAUAUGAACUUCACAAUUCAUUUGGGUACCUAUUUUCACUGAAUUUCCUUGAAAGCAGUCUGUUCCUGGACCAACUGAUAAUGCAGUCAGAACCAGAGUGACUGAAAGGAAGGGGAAAGUACAGUGAAAUGCUAAGGUUCAGAAAAGUUACCCUAAAAGACAGUUUGGUCCCAGGAUGAAAAAAAGAAGAUCUGGUUUGAACAAGUUAUACGGACUAUCUAAGCAGUCCAUUCAUUCUUCUAUUUUGGGAGAGGAAUGGGGACAGCCUGAGAAGAUCAUAUCUGGAUUGGGAUGAACCAACCGUCUUUCUGGGUUAAGCGUAGGGAACAGAAAGGAAGUGUGGAAAGGAAAACCAUAUGUCACUUGAUUGAAGCAAAGAACAAAUUGUUAGUAACAGUCUUUACCAAGCAGCUGCUGUUACCAGCAAGUGAUCAGGAAGACUAGGAGCUAUUUCUGAUUGUAAAUGAAUUAUAUAAUGGCUCUGCUGCAGUUCUGUGACUUCCAAACCAGGAAUUUAACAGUUUUUUUGAAAAACAAAACAAAACAAAAAACAUUUCCUAUGCUAGUCUCCCAGCAAAAUGUACAUGUUUUGGAGACUUGAGAGGUAUUAUCUGAGUUCACAUUUAGCCACAGCUUAUUAAUAACCCUUGAGCUGUCUGAAUCUCUAUAGUUACAACUUAUAAUUUUAUACUGUGAAAAAUAUACAGAUCAGUGAAAAGUAUAAAGAUAACUGGAAUUCACUUUAAAGAGGCUCUGAGGCCUGGGAGAUUCUCUACUAUCUGUUGAAAAAUGAGGCAUGUAUAAAACAGUUGGCUGAAUUUCACUGAUCUUCCCAAUGUGAACAAAUAUACUAUGUAUAUUGUGUGUAUUUCUAGAAUUCAAUGGCAGCUGCCGAUGGUGUUGUAAUUAGAAAUCUAUAUAGAAUAUAGAUGUUUUAGAGAGAUGGUGCCAAUCCUAAAAGAUCUGUGUGGGCUACAAGUGCUUGUAUUUACUUUUUUCUGCACUUUAACUUAUUUGGUUUUAAAGUUGUGUGCUCGUAUCUGUUCUUUUCUGUUGCUGCAGCUUGUACUAUUAAAACAAUAGAGAAUGUUAAAUUAUUUUGAUGUGAAUUGCAAAUGAUUUUUUUCAUAAAGUUUAACAUUUUUAUCAGCA